AUGGCAGCGAAGGGAGAAGGGCCGAGCUAUGCUAAUGACGGGGAAGGGUUGGCUAUCAAGAAAGAUUCGUCUACACUCGAGUCUAAUAAUUUAUUAGUUUCUCAAUCAUCUGAUUUUGUACAUGAACAAAUUCCUAUUCAAGAGGAUAAAUUCGACAAUAGUAUGAAAACACAAGCGCAUUCGACAAAACAAAAAGGAGUUGAUUUGAAUGCUCUUCCUGCUGAUCCUGGAGAACGAUUGAAAAUUGAUAGUUAUCAUCCAAAUGAUCGAGAUGAAGUUAGAAGGGCAUAUCUUCAAAAAGGCCCUUGUCAACCUCGUAGUCAUGAUUUUCAACAAAGAGAUAUUGGUGGUAGACUACGUCGAUUCAAUUCCAGUUGGUUUGAUGAAUAUAAAUAUUGGCAGACAGACUUAGCUAAACAUGAAUACAAAAUCAGAUUGAAUGCCUCUAUUGAUUGUAUACGAUUCCUUCUAAGACAAGGAUUGCCUUUUCGUGGUCAUGAUGAGCAUGAAAAUUCAAGCAACAAAGUCCUCGAGCUUCUACAUUUUUAUGCAGAACGUAAUGAUGAAGUGGGUAGAGUUGUAUUGCAUAAUGCUCCAGGAAAUCAAAAAAUGAUAGCUUCUUCAAUCCAAAAAGACAUUGUGCAUGCAGCUGCAAAAGAAACAACCAAAGCUAUUAUUGAUGAUCUCAAAGAUGAUUAUUUUGCGAUUUUAGUUGAUGAAUGUCGCGAUGUUUCAUGCAAAGAACAAAUGGCUUUAGUUUUGCGAUAUGUAGAUAAAAGAGGAUUUGUAGUGGAGAGGUUUAUCGGUCUCACCCAUGUUUCUGAUACUUCAGCCGCAUCACUUAAAGAUGUCGUCAGUUCUAUGCUUUCAGAACACAAACUAAGUCUCUCCAGAAUUCGAGGGCAAGGUUAUGAUGGUGCUAGUAACAUGCGAGGUGAGUUCAAUGGCUUGAAAAGUUUGAUUAUGAGAGAAACCGGAUCUGCAUAUUAUGUUCAUUGUUUUGCUCAUCAGUUACAAUUAGCACUUAUUUUUGUUGCAAAGAAUCAUUUUACUAUCAAUGAUUUCUUUGAUUUAAUUGCCCCAAACAGUGUUAUUGAAUCAUUGAUCAAUGGUGAAUUACAAACUGGUAGAGGUUUGAACCAAGAAGUGAGUAUUAAAAGGCCUGGUGAUACUUGUUGGGGAUCUCAUUAUGCUUCACUUUUAAAUAUAAUGACUAUGUUUUCUUCAAUUAUCUAUGUACUUGAAGAUGUUGAAAGACAUGGCGCCUAUCAAGAUCAAAAAGCAGAAGCACGUCGUCUCUUGGAGCUAUUAGAAUCAUUUGAUUUUAUUUUUUGCUUGUAUUUAAUGGUGGCAAUUUUGGGGAUUACUAAUGAGGUGAAUUUAGCUUGGCAGAAAAAAGAUCAAGAAAUUAUAAAUGCUAUGUCACUUGUUAGAACUGCAAAGGAAAGAUUGCAACAAAUGAGAGAUAGUGGAUGA